UCUCCAGUCAACCACUACGACUUUUCUAUCUUCCUCUCUCUCUCUUCUCACACUCUCUCCUCCAUAUCUUCACUCCUCGGCUACAUCACCUUCGCUUCCCUUCGUCCUCUUCCAAUCCCCCAUUCAUCGGCGCCGGCUCAUCCGCCGCGGAUCUCCGGCGACCGCGAGGUGCGGGAUUCCGGGGCGCGUGUCGGCAUGGGGAGCUUCUGCGGAGGGAAGUGCUCCCGGGCGCUGCGGAGCUUGGUGCGGCGGAAGCGGGUCGAUUCCGCCGCCCACGCGAGGCGCGACGGUCAUCAGCUCGCCAGGCGGCUGUCCGUCCUCGACCUCAUCGCCAUCGGAGUCGGGGCGACCGUCGGAGCCGGGGUGUAUAUCCUCGUCGGCACGGUGGCUAGGGAGUACACCGGGCCUGCUCUCACCAUCUCCUUCCUGAUCGCCGGAGUAGCCGCCGCGCUCUCCGCGUUCUGUUACGCGGAGCUUGCUUGUCGAUGUCCGUCUGCCGGGAGCGCCUAUCACUACACCUACAUAUGCGUCGGCGAGGGAGUCGCUUGGUUGAUUGGUUGGUCACUGAUCCUGGAAUACACAAUAGGCGGUUCGGCUGUUGCUCGGGGUAUCUCCCCAAAUCUGGCCGUGUUUUUUGGAGGAGAGGAUAAGUUACCCUCUUUCUUGGCUCGUCAUACUAUUCCUGGGAUUGGGAUUGUAGUUGAUCCUUGUGCAGCUGCCUUAGUUAUUACAGUGACAGUGCUUUUGUGCAUAGGCAUCAAGGAGAGUUCAAUGGCGCAAACCAUAGUUACGACAAUAAAUGUCUCUGCCAUGAUUUUCAUAAUUGCAGCUGGUGGAUAUAUAGGUUUCAAAACUGGAUGGGUGGGGUAUGAACUCCCGAACGGGUACUUUCCUUAUGGGGUCACUGGAAUGCUUGGCGGGUCUGCAGUUGUAUUCUUUUCAUACAUUGGCUUUGAUUCAGUUACCAGCACAGCUGAGGAGGUGAAAAAUCCUCAACGAGAUCUGCCUGUGGGUAUAGGGGUGGCAUUGUCUAUUUGUUGCAUACUAUACAUGCUUGUGUCUGUUGUAAUUGUUGGCUUGGUACCAUACUAUGCAUUAGAUCCAGACACCCCGAUUUCCUCAGCAUUUGCUAACUAUGGGAUGCAAUGGGCAGCAUAUAUACUAACCACUGGAGCAGUCAUGGCUCUAUGCUCAAGUUUGAUGGGUUCGAUUCUCCCUCAGCCACGAAUCUUGAUGGCAAUGGCUAGGGAUGGACUGUUGCCAUCAUUCUUUGCAGAUAUAAACAGACACACUCAAGUUCCAGUAAAAAGUACAGUGGUGACUGGUGUUCUGGCAGCAGCCUUAGCAUUCUUCAUGGAUGUCUCACAGUUGGCUGGGAUGGUUAGUGUGGGUACCCUUCUUGCUUUCACCACUGUUGCAGUUUCUGUCCUGAUUCUCAGGUAUGUUCCACCAGAUGAAGUGCCCCUUACAUCAGGACUCCAGGAGUCGAUUGGUUCAGUAUCUUCGCAGUUCAAUAAUGACCUCAAGGGAACUGCUUCCAUGGAUUUUGGAUAUUCUGUUGUCCCAUCCAAGGAGGGUGAUCAGCUGUUGGUUGAGACAAGUGAGUCCUCAAUUGAAGAUGAUGCCAUGCAAAAACAUGUAAUUAAAGAACGACGGCGGAAGAUUGCUGCCUGGAGUAUAGCUUUUGUGUGCAUAGGGAUUCUCAUACUUGCGUCUGCUGCUUCAGUCGAAGGCCUUCCAAGCAUGCUUCGGUUGAUAUUAUGUGGAUUGGCUGGAGAUGCUGUCUUAGGCAGUUUGGUCGUGCUGGCCUGCAUAGAACAGGAUGAUGCAAGGCAUGACUUUGGACAUGCAGGAGGUUUUCAGUGUCCAUUCGUCCCUUUCUUGCCUGUUGCCUGUAUUCUGGUCAACACCUACCUAUUAGUUAGUCUUGGGUUGGGAACAUGGUUCCGUGUCUCGAUAUGGAUGUUGAUUGGAGCUCUAGUCUACAUUUUCUACGGCCGGAGCCACAGCUCAUUGAAAGGUGCUGUCUAUGUUCCUGCAGCAUAUGCUCAUGAGAUUUAUCAAGCCUCAUCCGAUCGUCAAGCAUAGUUCCUGCAAAAAUUACCCUCAAGUCUCAUUGCAGCAGGUCAUGGAUGAUCACCCCCUGACUUAUUUGAUUCAUUGUACUUUAUUUGGUGAUAAUAAGGACGCAUGGAGAGGAUAAAAAUGAAAUUCCUCCCUCCCUUUGUACAAUAGUCUUCAGGGGAACCCGAAGGUCUCGCCCUUCUGUUGUAAAGAUGUUCGAAUUAUACAACAUCCCUUGUAUCAAUUUUCAGCAACACCCGAUGAAGAUAUGUUUCAUA